AUGAACACUCCCCGCUGGGGCAAAGUGAAGGUCUCUACCAUCGAAGCUUUUGAUGGAACUACUGACCCAGAAGAGCACAUGGCUGCCUAUGCGGCCCAAAUGAACGUCCAGACCGGGUGUGGGGCUACUUGGUGCAGAUACUUCCCUACCACUUUGAAGGGUCUGGCCCUUAUCUGGUUCAACAAGCACGUGCCAAAGGGAAGUAUCAAGAGCUAUAGUGAGCUUGAAAAAGUUUUCAUCAGCAAAUUCGCGGUUGGUUGGAGGCACCAAAAGACAAGUGUCAACUUAAUGGCGGUCAGACAUGGAGAAACGGAGACCCUUCGCAAUUAUAUUAAGAGAUUCAAUGAAAAAUUCCUAAAGAUACACAAUCUCAUGGACGAAACCAAGUUCGCAGCCCUCUUGGCAGGUCUUCAGCCAGAUGACUUCAAGUUUGAGUUGAUCAAGUCCGGGGUGUCCAACUUUGAAGAAGCCAUGGAAAAAGCCCAAAAGUAA